AUGGCGGAGCUGCUGCGCUUCAGCCAGAGCUUCAAGCUCAACAAGCCCAUCCCGGACGACCUCGUCUCCAUCCUCGCCAAGGACGAAGACAAGCAGCGCCAGAUCCGCGAAAAGUCCUCCCGCGACGCCGCCUCGGCCCAGGCCCGCGCCAUCGGCGUCACCUCCACCACCGCCGCCCUCCUCGGCCCCGGCGCCGCUCCGCACGCCCACGCCCACGGUGCCGCGCCCGCCGUCCCCGCGAGCGCGACCGUCAAGGCGCUCGCGUCCGCCAAGCACGCCGCUGCCGCCGUCGGCGCGAGCGCGAGCGCCGGAUCGGCGCUGGGCAAGGCUGGAGAUGGCGCGACGGGGAAGGCGCAGCAGCAGGCCGUUGGUAAGAGCGGCAGGAUCAGCAUGGUCAUACAGCCGAUCCCGCCGUUCAAGGGCCCCCGCUCGGGGAAGCACGGCGGCGCGGGCGAUAAGGCGGGCGCUGUGGGCUCGUCUGCGGCGUUGGGUGCGUCUGCGUCUGCUGUGGCGGGAGUGAAGAGCGCCGGCGCGAGUGCGAGCGCGAGCGCGCAGGCGCAGGCGCAGGCUCAGGCGCAGGCGCAUGCGAAUAGGCUCAACGUGAACGCGUCGUCGUUCAGGCCGAAUCCGAAGGCGGUGGCGUUUAUGCCCUCGUCGCCCAAUGCGGUGAGCCCGUCGACGGCGGCGACCGCGUCGCCCAAGGGCAAGUCCGACAGCGCCGCAAACGCGCCGGCGACGCCGAACCCGUUCUUCGGCGCGCGCCCGCUCAAGAAGCAGCCCGUGCACGUCAAGGACGAUUUUAACCCGUUCAAGUAUAACAAGGUCGCGGACGCGUCUGCUAUCAACUCCAUAUGGCCGUACCAGGGCAAGCGCUACUCGCAGAUGUUCAUGCCCUUGCAGAUGCCGCCCCAGCAGCACUCGCCGCACAUGCCCCCGCCCGGGCCCGUCCCGCCCAUGCCCCCGCCGCCGUCGUACGAGGAAGACUCGGCCGCGCAGGCCGCCGCGCGCGGAUACGUCUACGCGUACCCGCCCUACGGGUACCCCGGCCAGCCCAUGAUGCCAGGGAUGGUGCCCCCGCCGCCCGGCGCGUACAUGCAGGGCCCGUUCAUGCAGCCGAUGCACUACCCGCCUUCCAUGCCCCCCAACGCGAUGUACGCGUCCCCACAGAUGGGCCAGAUGCCUCGUACGUCCUCCGUCCUCCCGCUUUAG